AAAGUAUGAUUUAAUUUUCUACCUAGCAACUCAGAAUAUUUUUCAUAACUCCUCCAGGACAGUGUGGAUUAUGUUGAUGAGUUAGGAGGAAGUAGAAGGAAGAAAAUGAAUUGAGAUGUACGUUUUACUUCCAUGUCAAAGUCACCAGAAUAGCAGUUGAGGGGAUAUUUGUGUCAGGCAAUAGGGAGAAUAAUAAUUUUAUGCCACCCUCAAAAAACAACCACACAUACACCCAAAUUCUCUCACUCCUCAGAGAAAGGGGAAGGAAAGAAAAGAGAGAAGCAAAAUAUGAGCUUGAGUGAAAAAUCACAGAGGAGCCUGUAGCUAUUUAGGGAGGGCUGCUGGCUGAAGUCAGGCAGGAAAAAAAGAUCAAAACACCCUGCCCUAUUUUUCAGGCUCGUUCAAGUAGAAGACAAAAACAUAAAUACGGGAGAAUAGAAGAAAACCACACCUUUUUCCUCUUGUCUCCCCAGAACUGAACAGUGUCUCUGAUAAGCCCAGGCCCUUCUAUUGUAGACACUGACACUAAGCACAGAAAAUGACUCAAAAACGCUUCUAAUGGGGUGAAUCUGAUGCUUCAGUUUAUUUGAGAUGUACCAGAGGCCAUUGACGAAGGAGAUCCAUAGCUUGCUAACUGAAGCUUAUUGCUUUCUCUUCUUAGUUCCCAUGCCAGGCUCUAUGCCAUUCCUUGCUUGUCAUGUGAGACCACUGAUUUCCUUUUGUUAGGUAGGAUAUGAUUUCCUUACAGAGAUCUGUCCUGGCACCAAAUAGCUAUGAUGAAAUUCCUUGGUUAUUGUCCCUUUUUGUGUACCUUAUCAUCACCGGAAUGCUAAAGCUGUAGGAAUAAAGUUUCCCUGGCUUCCCAAGAAAUACAGUGUGACAGAAAAAGUACAGCCUAGGGACUUACUAGUUAUGUAAACUUUGGUUCAUUCCAUCCUUACCUCAUCUGUAAAAGGGAGAUCAUGAUAGUAUCUACUGCAAAGGGUUUUGUGUGAUGAUUCUCUCUCUUUCUCUCUCUCUCAUACACACACAAGCACACAUUUAUAUAAUGCUUAGAAAAUGAACUCAUAAUAAGCAAUUGACAAACGUUAGCUAUUAUUAUGUAGGCAAGUCAGAUUUGAGAGUCUGUGAGCCUUAGACACAUUUACACAGAAGAAAGAGCAGCCCUCCUAACUUUGUGGUCCAGCGCCAUAUUCUCCACUUCCUCCCCAUCCCCACAUCCCUUGCCAUUUAUCAACCCCCUCUCUCCUCUAAAUCUAAAUACAGGCCCCCGUUUGAUCCAUAUUGUCUAGGCCCUUCCUCUCCUCUCCACAUGGCCCUUCCUUCAGCUCUGAGGGAAGCUGCAGAAGCCAGCCAUGGUGCUGUCUACAAAGAAGGGGACACACACCUCUUCCACCCGCUCAUGCUGUUACUGCAUCUGAUCAUCUCCGUGCCAUGUCCUUGUUCACUUAGCCUGUGUUGGGUGUUUGUCUCCAUUUCCAAAUGCAAUAAAACAUCUGGGAAAGACUAAGGUAGGUGUGGGCAGGAAGAAGGGAGGAAGUUAGACCCAGUGGCUUGAGUGCCCUCUGAUGCCUCCUCAUCCUCGGCUCCACACAAGCCCUCGCCAGUGUGAGCUCCACAGCCAUCCACCUGGAGGAGGAGUACUCAAAACCAGGGUCAAAUGUCUUGUACUCGGGGUCUACCAGUAAGCCUGUGGCCAGCCUUCCACUUCAUGAAUCGUCACAUUUACAUGAGAGAUGUGGAGGGAGAGGGGUCAGCCUCCUAGCUCCUGUCCUGUAGCAGUUAAGUCAAGUCAGGCCAGGCUGUGGUAACCAAGCCAGUACCUCCUUUAAAGAACAGUUGUUUCUCAUUCAUACAGAGUGUGUUGUAGGUGUGAGUGAUUCCCUGGGGCAGCUGCUCUUCGUGGUGACUCAGCUAAUCAGACUGCUUUUCUACUGGGAUUGUGCCAUCUCAACACAAGGCUGUCUUGGUUGACUUGGUAGGGGAGGAGGAGAAGAGUCAUGCACGAGGGGUUAAAUUCUUUGACCAGGAACCUUUUGUUCACUUUCCAUUGGUGAGAACGAGUCACACAGCUCCAGGAGAGUAGGAAGUCUAGUUUCUCGUUUUCCAUGGGCCUAGGAAUUAGAGGAUGAACACUAGUGAUGUCUUCCACGUCUUGCUCUCUUUUUCUUUACCUGUUAUAAUCUCCCAUGGAGAAGAAAUUAUUUUUCUGAUUGGUCUGAUCCAUGCCUCUAGCCAAGGGCAUUUACUAAGGGUCAUAGAACAGUAAAAGGUUGCACAAUUGCAUUUCACCUCUCUUUUCUGAAUCCUGCUUAAUUAAAACUUUAAAAACUCACUUACAGACCACUUCUUGCUCUUCUUAGUUAUCAAAUAUAUUUUCUUCCAACUCCUUUUUGACAGAUCUUGCCUUGUUCUCAGCUGAGUCCCUUGCAACCAUCUAAAUGGAACUUCCUCAUUCCCCUUUAUCCCCUGCUAAUCGUCCUGUCUUUAUUAUUUUAUCUGAAGAAGUGCAACCUUCUUCCACCAAGCCUUAUGCUCUCUAUCUUAGUCCAUUUGUGUUACUGUAACAAGAUACAUGAAAUAGGGUAAUUUAUGAAGAACAGAAAUUUAUUUCUCACAGUUCUGGAAGCUAGAAGUUCAAGGUCAUGGCCCUGGAAGAUUUGAUGCCUUGGCCAUCGACUUGAAAAAAGUCACUGCAGUGAACUUGUGGUUACCAUGAUACCCUGGGUUCAUUCUUAACAUGCACAGUAUAGGCAAAUCAGGGCCGCAUUUCAUGCUGAAAGAUGAUGUGAAAUGAUGAGUAAACAUUGCCCUUUAAAUAAUAAUAACAUAGAUGGUGAAUUACAAUUUGCACUUUUGGUUUUAUUUGCUUAAAGAUAGUGUUUUACUGUCUAGGUUUUACUGAAAGAAUAUUUAACUAAACACUUGAGUCAAAUCAUUCCAGUGUAACAGUCCUCACAAGGAGGAAGGCAGAAGGGCAAAAAUGCCAAGCUAUUGCCUCCAGCCCUUCUAUUUUUAUUGAUUGACUGAUUGAUUGAUUAAGACAGGGCCUCGUUCUGUUACCCAUGCUGGAGUACAGUGGUGCAUUCAUGGCUCACUGCAACUUUGAACUUCUGGGCUCAAGUAGUCUUCCCACCUCAGCCUCCAAAGUAACUAAGACCACAGGUGCAUGCCACCAUGUUUAUUUCUUUAAUUUUUUAAAUUUUAUUUGGACAUGGGGGUCUCACUAUGUUUUCCAGGCAGGUCUCUAACUCCUAGCCUCAAGCAAUCUUCCUCCUCAGCCUCCCAAAGUGCUGGGAUUACAGGCAUGAGCCAUCAUCCCUGCUCUCUCUAGCCCUUUUUAAAGUCUCUAAUCCCAUUCAGGAGGCCUCUGCAUUCAUGACUUAAUCACCGCCUAAAGGGCCCACCUUUUGAUACUAUCACCUUGGUGAUUAAAUUGCAACACUUGAAUUUUGAGUGACAUUCAGACCACAGCAUUUUGGAGAAAAUGUCCCCUUUCUUCUCUUUUUUCUCUUCAGUUUCUCUUUUCUACAGAUGCCUUCCACUUCACUUGGAACCUUGUUGAAGUCUCUCCUGUCUUAAAAGUUUCUUUUCCCAAAACACGAGAACUCAUUCCUUCUGUCUAACUGUAACUUUGUACUCGUUACCAACCUCUACCCAUUUCUACCCCUGACUCCCCAGCCUCUGGUAACUACUAACGUACUCUUUAUUUCGAUGAGGCCAACUUUUUCAGAUUCCACAUAUGAGUGAAAUCACGUAAUAUAGUCCUUCUGUUCUUGGCUUAUUUCACUUAACAUAGAGCCCUCCAGGUUCACCCAUGUUGUUGAAAAUGACAGGAUUUCAUGCUUUUUUAUGGCUGAAUAGUAUUCCAUCAUGUAUAUAUAUCACAUACUAAUUACCCUGAUUUGAUCACUACACAAUGUAUACGUGUGUUGAAACAUCAUGCUGUACCCCAUAAAUAUGUACAAUUAUUACAUGUCAAUUUAAAAAACCCAAGAAAAGUAUUUUUUCUUACUGUUGUUUUUUUCUAAAGUGUAUCCCAUUUUUUCCUUUGUUUUCACUUUCAAAAUUCUUGAAAGACUGUUUUAAUCUGCAGCCUUUGUUUUCUUGUUUCCAAUUCAUUCUUUUGAAAUAUGGCUUCUACCUUUAACACUCUGCUGUCCUCUUGAAGGUUAUUGGUGCCCUACUAACCAUAAAACACAAUAAUGCUCUCUUAGAUUUUAUCCUGGUGAGACUUUUUGCAAAAUUUUAUUCUUUGAGAAUUCUCUUUCCAUAUUUUCUUUUCUUUUCUUUUUUUGUAGUCAUUUUGGCUUAUAGGAAAUCGUACUCUCCAAAUGUUCUCUAUGUCUUCUAUUUCUUCUCUGAUAAUCCCUUUACUAAAUCUUCUUGAGGCAUAUGCUUCAGAAUGCUUAAUUUACAUACUCUUAAUUCCUUCUUAAUUUACACACUGCCUGUCGGCAAUGUCAACACCCAAUAAGAAGAGGGAGACCUAUUGGUCAGAACAGGCCAGGGAAUAGAAGAAUACAUAAUAAAUGGUCUGCCCAGUUCUUCUAGGGCCCCAUAAUAUGUCGAACAUAUAUUUUUACUUCUUCUCCCAGCCCAUUUUUAGUAUACCUAAAUUACUGUCAGUCAUUCUGCAGGCAAACAAUGGUUGAGUCGUAUGACACAACUUUGUGAAAGUAUCCUACCCAGUACCUGAUGAUGCAAAACUCUUCUAUCUUGAUUGGUUGUCAAUCUGAGGAGUUUCCAAUCCUGGGGAAGCCAGAAAAACAGCGAUUUAUACUCUUAAUGGGUACUUUCUGACUGAAUUUUAUGAACCCAUUCUGAAGAGGCUGACGAUUUUACUAUCUCAUUUUUUUCCUUUCUCCAGAAUGGGUUCUGGGUGGGUCCCCUGGGUGGUGGCUCUGCUAGUGAAUCUGACCCGACUGGAUUCCUCCAUGACUCAAGGAACAGACUCUCCAGAAGAUUUUGUGAUUCAGGCAAAGGCUGACUGUUACUUCACCAACGGGACAGAAAAGGUGCAGUUUGUGGUCAGAUUCAUCUUUAACUUGGAGGAGUAUGUACGUUUCGACAGUCAUGUGGGGAUGUUUGUGGCAUUGACCAAGCUGGGGCAGCCAGAUGCUGAGCAGUGGAACAGCCGGCUGGAUCUCUUGGAGAGGAGCAGAGAGGCCGUGGAUGGGGUCUGUAGACACAACUACAGGCUGGGCGCACCCUUCACUGUGGGGAGAAAAGUGCAACCAGAGGUGACAGUGUACCCAGAGAGGACCCCACUCCUGCACCAGCAUAAUCUGCUGCACUGCUCUGUGACAGGCUUCUAUCCAGGGGAUAUCAAGAUCAGGUGGUUCCUGAAUGGGCAGGAGGAGAGAGCUGGGGUCAUGUCCACCGGCCCUAUCAGGAAUGGAGACUGGACCUUUCAGACUGUGGUGAUGCUAGAAAUGACUCCUGAACUUGGACAUGUCUACACCUGCCUUGUCGAUCACUCCAGCCUGCUGAGCCCUGUUUCUGUGGAGUGGAGAGCUCAGUCUGAAUAUUCUUGGAGAAAGAUGCUGAGUGGUAUUGCAGCCUUCCUACUUGGGCUAAUCUUCCUUCUGGUGGGAAUCGUCAUCCAGCUAAGGGCUCAGAAAGGAUAUGUGAGGACGCAGAUGUCUGGUAAUGAGGUCUCAAGAGCUGUUCUGCUCCCUCAGUCAUGCUAAGGUCCUCACUGAAGCUUCUCUCUCUGGAGCCUGAAGUAGUGAUGAGUAGUCUGGGCCCUGGGUGAGGUAAAGGACAUUCAUGAGGUCAAUGUCCUGGAAAUAACUCUCUUCCCUGAUCCUUGGAGGAGCCUGAACUGAUUCUGGAGCUCUGUGUUCUGAGAUCAUGCAUCUCCCACCCAUCUGCCCUUCUCCCUUCUACGUGUACAUCAUUAAUCCCCAUUGCCAAGGGCAUUGUCCAGAAACUCCCCUAAGACCUUACUCCUUCCAGCCCCAAAUCAUUUACUUUUCUGUGGUCCAGCCCUACUCCUAUAAGUCAUGAUCUCCAAAGCUUUCUGUCUUCCAACUGCAGUCUCCACAGUCUUCAGAAGACAAAUGCUCAGGUAGUCACUGUUUCCUUUUCACUGUUUUUAAAAACCUUUUAUUGUCAAAUAAAAUGGAGAUACAAAAAAUGUACAUUUUAGUGAAUUAUUUAAGGAAAAUCCCUGUAAUCAAGUCAAGGAACAGGACUUUGCCAGCUCCAGCAGAAGUCUCUGUACGUCAGGCCAAUCAAAGCCUCUCCUUCCCCUCGAAAGUGACCAUAUCCUGAUUUUAUUGUAACCUCUUUCAUGUCUUUGUAGUCUAGUCCCCCAGGUAUGUGUUCCUGGACGCCACAGCUUAGUUGUCUUUUACGUCUCUUAUACUUCACUGGUUUCUCCCCCAUCAGCCUUUCUUCCCCGUUAUGAUUAAUCUGUUGAAAAGCUCAAGCCAUUUGACCUGUAGUUUCCCACACUCUGGAUUUUGCUGGCUGCGUACACAUGGUGCAGUGUAACACAUCCUCUGCCUUCUGUGCGUCCCGCAAAGUGGCAUCUGGAUGCAGAGGCUGGAUCAGACUCUGGUUCAAUCUUUUCCUUUGGAAAAUCUAUACGUGGUCUUGUGGCCUUUCACCAUGAGAGACAUAAUUUCCAGCUGUUUCUUUUUGUGAUGUUAGCAACCAUUGAUACUAAUUGCUUAGGUCUGUUAAUUUAUUGGGGAUUGCUAAAUGGUGGUAUUCUGUCAUUUUUUCUUCAUUUAUAUGCUUUAUUAAUGCUGCAAAGAGACAGUUCCCUUCAUUUACUAGUGAAGAGACACUUCCCUCCACUUCCUAGUGGGCUACUUAGUGGUACAGUGGAAAGGCAGGAUCAGUGUUUGACUCUCCUUUUAUUUACCAAUUUUCAAGUUAGCAAAUUGGUUUCCUACUAUUAAUAAAACCUACAGAUGUCCAAUCAGGUUUUACUUUUCAUUCUUUAAAUCAUUAUAAACAGAAGGAUUUAAAUGUUUGAUAGGUUUUACUCUAUUGCAAUUUUUAUGCUUGUUAAAGCUUAUAUCCUAUAUUUUUGGUGAGUGAAAACUUCUUCAAGUGGCUAAAAAUGAAACUGAGUUCUUUUGACACAAAUUUCUUUUGAUAAUUUCUUUGUUAUCUGGGAUGACAACAUGUUUCUGGUUCAUCCUGUUCAUUUCUUGGCCAGACCUGGAGGUAGCCAUUUUUCCAGAAAUCCCUGGUUUAGUUUAGUGGGAAAUGACAUUUAAGACUAUAAUCCAGCAUUAGGGUGUUUUGUCCCACUGAACCCGCUGCUGGAGUCACCUCAAAAGUGGCGUCAAGGGAGUUACCACAAGGAAGUGCCUGAAACCAUUCUGAGAUGGUGUGGGUUAGGAUUCAAAGAAAGAAGCACUAAAUGCCAGGGUGAUCAGUCCAAAAUAUUUGUUUGGGGAAUUUACCUACAGAGGGCUUCAGGAGUCCUUGCAGACAGCAAGAGAAAAGGGAUGUUCUGCCUAGGCACGUCUGCAGCAAGGGGGUCAGGGUAUGGAGUUUAUAUGAAGGUUUAAGGAACCUGGCUCAGGGCUGGGACAAAGUUUCAGUGUUUAGAGCAACAAUCUAGAUACCUUUAUCAGUGCCUGGGAGUGUUAAAGGCCUUGGCUUGGGUUCGAGCCUGCUGGGAAAAACCUGCAGUUGGCUGGGUCACAGAGGCAUUCUGUGAUUUUUUGGUCAGGACAUGGAAAGAAAGCAGGGAGAGGGGCAGUAGGGGAGCCUAAAUAGAUAGGAGUGGUCAUUGUGUCCAGCCUGUUCAAUGGAAAUAAAACAUUUAUACAUGUAUACAUUUAAAAAAAAUCAGUCGCCCAGGCACAGUGGCUCACACCUGUAAUCCCAGCACUUUGAGAGGCCGAGGCGGGCGAAUCACGAGGUCAAGAGAUUGAGACCAUCCUGGGCAACACGGUGAAACCCCGUCUCUACUAAAAAUACAAAAAUUAGCUGGGUGUGGUGGCGUGCACUUGUAGUCCCAGCUACUCGGGAGGCUGAGGCAAGAGAAGCGCUUGAACCUGGGAGGUGGAGGUUACAGUGAGCCAAGAUUGUGCCACUGCACUGUGGCCUGGUGACAGAGCAAUACUCCAUCUUAAAAAAAAAUCAGUCUUCUCUAUAUUACUUCUGCAUCUCCUUUCUUUUACACCAAGAAGUCUGGUUUUCAAGGACACACGGACAGACACAAUUAGAAUGUCCAUACUUAUUUGCUUUUCCUGAGUUAACAUAGACAGCAGUCUAAGGAUAAUAACACUCAUACUACAACCACCAAAAUGGCUACUGAAAACGGUUGAAAUUCUUUUUACCUACAUUCUCCGUAUUACCUGUGUUCUCCCUUUUUACCUAUGUUCUCCCCCGCUUUCUAGUUGAACUAUGUCUAUACUAGUUGAUCCUGUACCAUUGCAUAGACUACUUGCUCCCUUGUUAGUCUUAGUUCUGUGAGUAGAGAUAUGUUUAAUGCUCACCAUCAUUCCUUAUGUUGAUAUCCCUGUCAUGUGGUGGUUUUCAAGGUGUGGUCCAUGGAUCCCUGGGGGUCCCUGGGACCCUUCAAGGGGCCUAUGAAGUCAAGCUAUUUUUGUACUAAUACUAAGAUGUUAUUUGCCUUUUUCACUGUAUUAUUUACAUAGUGGUACAGAAAUCUAUGGUGGUCACGUGAAACUGUUAGUGCCUGAGCACAAAUCAAGGCAGUGACACCAAGCUGUACAGGUAGGUCAUGUUCUUCACUGCCAUAAGCUUACAGUAAAAAAAAAAAAAAAAAAAAAAAAAAAAAGCAAAAGCCAGUGACCUUGAUGAAGCAAUAAAAUCAUUAGUUUACUAAAUUUUAAACCUCAAGCACACAUCUGUUUAAUAGUCAGUGUAAGAACAUAGGCAGCAUUUCUGGUGCAUACUGAUGGAAAGGCAGUUGUCCUGUGGAAAAGCCAUUAUAUAAUUGCAUGAGUUGUGAGUGAAGUUAAACAUUUUUUUUUUUAGUGGGUCAUCAUUUUCCUUGAAAGAGUGACUGAAAGGCACACUGUGAUUAUUCAGACUUGGGUAUUUGGUAGAAAUUUUCUCAAAAAUAAACAAAAUGAGCCUAUCCCAUCAAAGAAAAUAAUAUUGACAGUGGAAAUUGGAAUUUCAAGAGAAAAUUAAAAUUUUGGAAAACUUACGUGUGCCGCAGCUUCUCACUACUUAAAGAUGUUUCUGUUGAGAUUGGUGGUGAUAUUAACAAAUAUGGUUUUAAAAAUAUUGUUUAAUAAAAUAUGUCAACAUUUAAAAAAUCUGCGUAAACCCAUGAAUCAAUAAUUUACAAAUAAUCAAUGCAUGAUAUUGCAAAGUCAUGCAUAGAGGAAAAGAUCCAUUUAAAGAUAGACUAGUGAAUUUUAACACAACAGAAUAUGAAAAGUUAAUUUAUAAGGUUUCAGAUUCCACACUGCAACUAACCUUUAAGAAUCUGCCAUUUCUUGAGUUUUGGGGUCUUAUCAAGGAAGAACAGUUACAAUAGCUGAAAUGGUUAUUGAAACUUUCCUUCUUUUCCCAACUGUGUAUAAGAGUGAGGCCAGAUUUUCCUCUUGUACUUUAGCCAAAACAACAUAUUGUUACAGCUUGAAUGUAGAAGAAUAUAUAACCAAGCUAGCUUUGUUAAGCCAGACAUUAAAGAGAUUUUUACAAAUGUAAAAUAAUUCCUUUUUUUUCACUAUUUUUUUUGUGCUGGAGAAGACAGCUAUUUUCCAUAAAAGUAUGUUGUUUAUGUUAACAUGUAAUGGGUUUGUUAUUGUUAUUUAAUAACAAAUAAAUUAAUAUAAAUGUCACUUUACAUAACCCAUGUACACUAAAGCUUCUUGGUGUUCUCAACAAUUUUACGAAUAAAAAGGGAU